AUGGAUACCGAUUCAAAGAUUACGGAUUUCUGCGCUGUAACGGGCGCUUCUACAGAAGUGGCUGAGAAUUAUCUACAAAUUGCUGACGGUGACGUUGAAACGGCCGUGACACUAUACUUGGAAAGCGGUGAUGGCGCUUCCCAGCCGGUUCCAACUGCCACCGAAACCGAUACACGACAGUCAACACCUAGCUGGCAAAUGGAAGACAGCAGCAUGUUAACAGACGAAGAACUGGCUCGUCAGUUUCAGCAGGAAGAAGAAGAACGACAACAACGAGUCAGAGCGCCCAUCGCCCCAAAACAUGAUAUCCUUGCAGGUGGCAGUCCAAUGUUUGAUGAACAACCGUUUUGGCGAUCGAGCGAUGCCACAACUUAUCCACCUCGCUCCGUCUUUAACCAAGGCGAUUCUUCCACAAGCCCUCGUGAUCCACUAGCAGGCCGAUCCACCUCUUUUGCCCCAGUGAAUCCCACCGGUUCACCAGCCGUCUCUGCAAAAACAAGACGACUGGCUGAUCUUUUCCGUCCUCCAUUUGACAUCAUGUUUGAAGGAGGUUUUGAGGAGGCACGGGCUGCAGCACGGGAAAAGAAUAAAUGGCUGCUGAUCAAUAUUCACAAUCCAACCGAAUUCGCAUGUCAGGUGCUCAAUCGAGAUUUAUGGAGUGACCCAUUCGUCAAGGACCUGGUGAAAGAAUCGUUUAUUUUUCUUCAGUACCAUAAUGAUACACCUGAAGGAAAACGCUAUUUGACGCUUUAUCCUAUCCAAACAUAUCCCCAUACAGCCAUCAUUGAUGCACGCACAGGCGAACGGGUCAAAGUGUGGGAAUCGACAUUGACACCCAAUGAUUUCCUCAUGGAAGUGACUGAAUUUCUGGAACAGAGUGCACCCCCAGAGGUUGCACGUUCGGCAGCCAUGAAACGACCACGUACAAUGAAGAAUAUAUCCGACAUGAGCGAAGAAGAACAAAUCAAUGCGGCCAUUGCAGCAUCGUUGGGCAGUACACCUCAAACCAUGAGUUCCACCAGUCACGAAGGAUCCCAGAUAUCCUUGGAUGAUGAAGCAAAGGUUGAGGAAGCAGAAAAUGAGGCGAAACCAGAAGAACAGGAAGAAGAGCAAAACCAAGUCACCUCGGUGUUGGACUCAAUACAACCUGUGCAAAGAGAUGAACCAACGGAUCUGGCAAAUUCCACACGUAUACAGAUUAGAAUGGCGGAUGGAAGUCGCCUAAUUCGACGAUUAUUAAAGUCGGACCCUGUUCGAUAUUUGUUUGAAUUCAUCAAAUAUCAAGUGCCAGAAGCACAAAGCAGGCCGUUUGAGUUGGUAUUUAACCGUCAGCAACUGAUUGAAUUGGUGGAUCAAUCGAUUGAAGAAGCUGGGCUGGCAAAUGCGGCUGUUAAUUUUGUCUUUGCCUAA